AUGUGCAAGAGAAGGGAUGUUUCGGCAACAUUGGUACGGCGGGCUGAGAGUUUAGGAUUCAAGGCAGUUGUUUUGACAGUUGACAGGCCUGUGCUUGGUAGGCGUGAAGCUGACAUCAGAAACAAGAUGAUUGCUCCACGGUUUGUAAACCUUGAAGAUUUAAUGUCAUUAGACAACGACAUUGACAGUGCUGAAGGCGGCUCCAAGCUGGAACGAUUCUCAUGGGAGACGCUGGAUCCAUCAUUGUCAUGGAAGGUGGUUAAGGCGGUGGAGGGGGCCGUGCCGGUGCUGGUGGACGGCGGCAUCCGACGGGGCACCGACGUGCUGAAGGCGCUGGCGCUCGGCGCCAAGGCAGUCAUGGUGGGGAGGCCGGUGUUGUACGGGCUGGCGGCGCGCGGGGAGGCCGGCGCGAGGCACGUGAUCGAGAUGUUGAACGAAGAGCUGGAGCUGGCCAUGGCGCUCUGCGGCUGCCGGAGCGUCGCGGAGGUCACCAGGGCGCACGUCCAGACCGAGGGCGACGGGAUCAGGGCCCUGCUGUGA